AUGACAGAAGAACUUGAACAGAUCCUCCUGCGGAUGACAGAGCCUGAUAAUGCUGUUAUCCAGCAGGCCACGAUGCAGUUGAAGCAGCUUUUCAAAGACCCAGCCAUCAUCCCAGCCCUCUGUGCUGUCAUGAGUGGCUCUCCAAAUCCUCAGGUCCGUCAAUCGGCUGCAGUGAUGCUGCGGCUGAGGGUGAAGAAACAGUGGAGGAAGAUAAACUCGGCGGAUAGAGAAAGCCUCAAGGCGGUGGUGUUGACGGCGUUCAUGCAGGAAGCAGAACACCAAGUGCAGCACUCGCUCGCCCAGUUGUGCGCCAUGAUGGUCAAAUAUGAGACCCCCAAUAGCUGGCCUGCCCUGCUGCAACUUCUCAAUCAAGCCACCAAGAGUGUCAACCCACACGAUAGACAGGUUGGAAUGUUGCUUCUAAACAAAGUGAUCGAGUCCAACCCAGAGGCUUUCCAGCCUCACUACAACCAGCUUCUCCAGCUCUUCUCCACCGUGCUUCCGGACCACAACAACCCGACAGCCUUGUACUAUUGCAUCCUCACCCUUACCGCCAUGACUCCGUAUACUGGCACCGAACACAUGAGACCGAUGCAGUCCAUCAUCCCGAGUCUGAUUGCCGCUCUGAAACAGUUGAUCAAAGCUGAUGAAAGUCGAGCCAGUGAAUCAAUGGAGGUCUUUAAUGAGCUAAUGGAUAGCGAGGUGUCCAUCAUUUUGCCUCACGUUGAAAGCAUGGUUCACUUCUUCUUGGAGGUGGGCAGCGACACCAAGCUGACUGACUCGCUGCGUGUCAAAGCGCUCUCUUGCAUUGCCUUUCUCAUUAAAUUGAAGAGCAAGACGGUGCUGAAGAAGAAGCUGCUACUCCCAAUUCUUCAGGCAAUCUUUCCCAUCUUGACUGCAACUCCUCCACCCGGUGAGCAGGACCCAGAGGAUGAUGAAGAUGACGACGGAGAUGGCGCCGACAACGAUAACCCUAAACAUUGUGCUGCUCAGGUGAUUGACACCAUGGCGCUCCAUAUGCCACCAGAGAAGCUCUUUCAUCAUUUGAUGCCACUGACUCAGGCCUGCCUGGCCAGUAAUGACCCCUAUCAAAGGAAGGGGGGACUCAUGUGUCUCGCCGUGCUGGCUGAAGGAUGCGCGGAUCACAUCUGCUCCAACAUGCUGUCAUCGGUGCUGCAGACCGUUUGCCAAAGCCUUUCGGAUAGCGAUCAGGUGGUUCGCAUCGCCGCACUCUUUGCGCUGGGACAGUUCUCGGAACAUUUACAGCCCGAAGUGAGUAAACAUUGCGAAGAAUUGAUGCCUUUGCUUCUCGGCUACCUUUCGUCCUUGAACCAGGCCAAGGUUGGCCAUGUCACAAAAGCCUUUUAUGCGCUGGAGAAUUUCAUGGAGAACUUGGGAUCGGAUAUCGAGCCUUACCUUCCCACACUGAUGGACACCAUGUUGUCUGCCCUCAACAACACUGACAGCCUGAAAAUCAAAGAACUCACUGUGUCUGCCAUCGGGGCCAUUGCUAGCGCUGCCAAAGAGUCGCUGGUUCCAUACUUCCCCCCGAUCAUUGAAAGCUUGAGAGGCUUUCUGACCACCACCACCGAGGAAAUGAGAUCUCUGCAAAAUCAGUCUUUAGACACGCUCUCGGUUCUGGCCCGAACCAUUGGUAAAGAGGUCUUUAGUCCACUCGCUGCAGAGUGUGUUCAACUGGGCCUCAAACUCUCGGAGUCCAUAGAUGACCCUGACCUGAGACGCUGCACGUACAGCCUGUACUCAUCCGUUUCCACAGUCAGCCCCGACUGCCUGACUCCUCACCUCACUCCCAUAACUAGGGUCAUGCUGCACGCCCUCAAAUCCAACGAAGGCAUCACGGAACACAUCAAGGAGGACAAGGCUUUCGUCUUGCUGGACGACGAUGAAGAUGACGACGAAAAGGAGACAAAGGAUUGCGAUGAAUGUCUGGAAGACGAGCCUGAGACAGAUGUCCGCGAUGUCGCAGGGUUCAGUGUGGAGAAUGCCUACAUUGAAGAGAAGGAGGAUGCAUGCGAAGCACUUGGAGAGAUUGCCUACAACACUGGCGCUGUCUUCCAGCCCUUUUUGGAGUCCAGCUUUAAGCAGGUGUUCGAGAUGAGAGACUAUCCCCACGAGGAUGUUCGCCGGGCGGCCUUCGAAGCAAUGGGUCAGUUCUGUUGCGCGCAGCAUAAAGUGUGGACCGAAAAUCCCACUGACUUCAAUCACCAAGCCUUACUGAUGAUGCUGGAUGUGGUGCUUCCCAGCUUUCUGAAGACGGUGCGCAUUGAGCCGGAGCGACAAGUUGUAAUGGCCAUCCUGGAAACUUUGAACAGUGUGAUUAAGUCCUGCAAGGAAGAGGUUUUCCAGAGUCCCACUCGGCUCAAGGAGAUCAGUCACGCCAUUCGUGACGUUUUGAAGAAAAAGACUGAGUGUCAGGACUAUGAUGAUGACGAUGAUGACCAACAGGCAGAGUAUGAUGCCCUCCUCCAAGAAUAUGCGGGGGAAGGGAUUCCCCUCUUAGCUGCCUCUGUUCCUGCAGACAAAUGUGCACCUUUCCUCAAUGAACUGCUGCCUCUCAUCCUCAGCAAAACUAAACCUUCAUGCAAUGUGGCAGAAAAGUCCUUUUCUCUGGGAAUAAUUGGAGAAAUUCUGGAGGCUCUGAUCACCACGUCCGGAGGACGGGAACUGGCGAGUCAAUUAUCUAAUCGUCUGCUCCCAAUUAUGUACGGCGGAGUGAAAGACGACGAUCCUGAGGUCCGCAACAACAGCGUGGUUGGACUGGGAUGUCUCGCCCAGGCUGCCGGGCCCCUCGUAGCAUCCGAGUAUCCUACCUUGUUGUCCGUCUUUUCCAAACUGCUCGGUAAAGAGGCCGACUUCAAAGUGAUCGACAACUUGUGCGCGGCCCUCUGCCGUAUGAUUAUGGGCAACAUGGACGCCGUCCCAUUGGAUCAGGUCGUCCCGGUUGUGGUUGCCCGUCUUCCUCUCAAAGAGGACAUGGAGGAAUACAAGACUGUGUUCAGCUGCUUUGCCAUGCUCUACACCAAGUAUCCUGCUCUGAUCGUGAAGCUCAUGAAACCAAUUGUCGAAUCGUCCUGCCACGUGCUCAGUAACAAGGACGUGGAUAAAGAAACGCAGAAAAAAAUAGCCACGUUGUUGAACCAAUUCGCUCAGCAGCACCUGUCAGAAUUCCAAGCGGCCGCGACUUCGCUUCCCGGGGAACAGCAGGCCAAGCUGAGCGCCGUCAUCGGCGCCUCGUGA